AUGCCCCAGAUGGAUGACGACCUGCACGAACGCCUAAAAGCAGCUCUUUGGUUUUCAAUUGGGAAGAUUGUGGAUGAGGAGGCAAUCCGACUCAAUUCGAAUGCUACCAAUCAAUUCAUAGGCGCAUUAACUGAGAUGGUAUGGCAUCAAAUCGAGAACGUAACGAUGGACCUCGAAAGCUUCUCACGACAUGCUGGACGAACGACCAUUACAACCGACGAUGUCUUACUUGUUACAAGAAGGAAUGAUGCGUUACACGAUAUCAUAAAGAAUUUUAUCGAUCAAGAGAAAGCGAGAUCUGCGAAUGAGAAAGGAAAAGGUCGCACGAAGAACUAA